GUAUAUAAAUAACUGACCCCCUCGAUAGCGCUUAGGCAUUCGAUUUUUGUGCGUCAUUCUUGAACCACCAAGUGCGACCUAACGAUGUACAAAUUUCUGCUGAUCGCGGCUUUCCUGCCAGCUCUCGUGCUAGCCCAGAGUGGCUAUCCCCGCCAGUGUCCCAACGGAGCACCCCUGCCGGAAUCGGUGGAAGUCAACGGAUGCACCGCUUCACCCUGCACCAUCCCAGUCGGGGAUCCGAUAGUUGCCCAUGCCAAGGGCAUCGUUAGCAACCAGAACACCCAAACGCUAACAGCUCAUCUUGCCAUCCGUGUUCUCGGUCUGGAAAUUCCGUUCCCGAUUCCGGACGGGUUGGAGGAUGCGUGUGCGGCUGGAACGGCCCCCGGUACCUGUCCGGUUACGGUCGGUCAGGUGUUCGAUUACGUUCUGGACUACCACGGUGAACCGUUCCCGAUAUCCGGAAUUACCGUUCAGGUUGAGGUCGGAUUAAUGGGUGACAACGGACAGGACCUGACUUGUAUUGCGUUUGAUGUUUACAUUCAGUCGUAGAAAGGGUGCUGGAUGCUGUGAUAAGUUUAUAGUAAUAAAAGUUGAACGUGACGGUUGGUGAUUGA